AUGGGAAAAUGGGAGAAGUCUAACUUAGAAAUCCCUUCUUUUAAUUCCCCUUUCCCUAAGGAAUGUAAGUUGCCAGUGCGUUCAGGCAAAAAUCUUGUUUGGUCCCCGCCUAAUGAGGAUUUUCUUAAAGUUAAUUUUGACAUAUCCAAGCUGGAUAAUGGGCAAGCGGCGUAUGGGUUUGUCAUCAGAAACUCUAAUGGGGAAGUGCUCAUGGCUAGUGCUAAAGCUUUAGGCGUCUUCCCUUUGAUCCUUAUGGCGGAAGCCAUGGGGCUUUUAGAGGGCCUUAAUGGAGCCAUUUCGCUCCAAAAUCGGAGUAGGAAGGUCAUCAUUGAAGGGGAUAAUAUCUCUGUUAUCAACACUAUGAGCCGAAAUGCUAAUGUUCCCUGGACCAUUGCUAACAUUCUCAUGGAUGCAUAUGCUCUCCUUGGCAGAUUCCAAGAAGUCAAGUUUCAACAUUGUUAUAGGGAGGCUAACCGGCUGGCGAAUUUCAUGGCUCACAAGGGGAACUCGCACCCAGAAGUUUGGUUUUGGCACCCCCCCUACUGUAUUGAUUUUUCCCUUCUUAUCCGUAAGGAUGUUUUAAGUUGGCCCCCUGAUUAA